UGAAUUGGAUCCGCACUCGGCUACUGAGUCGGGAUAAGCGGAUUCUGGUCGGUCGGGUGAUCGAAUCCACUAAGAAUCCGGUUGGUUGGCUUCUUCCCCAAGAAUCUGUUUCUUCUUAUUCCGUAGAGGGCACCUUCGGUUUGGGCAAAUCCAUUUAGCUUGCAGCGGGCAACCCUAAAAUUCAAGCAAGAAGUUUCAGGAUAAGGAGUAUAAGUGCUUCUGAUGGCAACGGAACAAGCUCAGUCACCUGCCAGCACUUCCACUUCUUGUAGGAGGAAGAAGUCAGAGAAUGCCACUUUUCUAUCGGAUCUAAGGGACCAUAUAGAUGAAUUCGUUCAUGCUUCUAUGGAUGAGCACAAGACAUGUUUCCAGAAGACAAUUCAAAAGAUGUUUCGAUUGUCCAAAGCUGUAUCAGGGAAUAAUUCUGAACCCAGUGGAGUUGAAAGUGUGCUGCCUCUCCAGACCACUGUGUCAAAAUAAGAAGGGUGAAUCGGUUUUCCAUUUUGAUAUCAACAGAUUUUGCUACAUGUUGCAGGAAACCUUCUCCAUAUUUCUCUACUUAUUUCUAUUGUGGCCCUGUGAAUAUGCCAACGGUUUGGAUAAAAAAGUGAAGAUUACUUGUAACUAUGUUAAUGCUGUCAAUUAUAUUAAUACUUGCUUUUAAUUUAA